AGCACGGCAGAGCACGGGACAGCACACUUCUACAGAAAGCAGGCUGCCUUCGCGACUAACCUAUGGAACUGAGGUGAACGUGUGAUCCUUCUCAUACACCUGAGAACGACUGAGAAACUGAACACAAGUCAGCAGGAUGAAAACCCUCGUCUUUGCAGCUGUAGGAGCGAUGCUUCUGUCCCUCACUUUGUGUCAAAGCGGUAUGGAAAAUGAUGGAGACAACCUGGUAAGGCCAACCAUAACGAUUAAAAACUACCGAGGAGUCCCCCAAAGUGACUUGGAAGAGAUUCCUCCUUCUGCUAUAGAAGGCUGGACAGAAAUCACAACAGUAAAAUUUAAGUGCCCUGAAGAAAGUGUUUCAAAUAUCCACGUGAAUAAUGAUACCACAGAGUACCUGAGUAGCUCCUUAAGCACCAAGCUGAUACCUGCCAUCUACACCCUGGUAUUUGUAGUAGGUGUGCCAGCCAACGUGGUGACCCUGUGGAUGCUCUUCUUUCGGACCAGAGCCAUCCGUAUGACCAUUUUCUAUACCAACCUGGCCGUUGCAGAUUUUCUAUUUUGCAUCACGCUGCCCUUCAAGGUUGUAUACCAUCUCAAUGGAAACAACUGGUUAUUUGGAGAAGUCAUGUGCCGGAUCACCACUGUCAUCUUUUAUGGCAACAUGUACUGCUCCAUUCUGCUCCUCGCCUGCAUCAGCAUCAACCGCUACCUAGCCAUUGUGCAUCCUUUCACGUACAGGGUGCUGCCCAAGCGCACCUAUGCCACCCUCGCCUGUGGACUUGUGUGGACGACAGUUUUCUUAUAUAUGUUGCCAUUUUUCAUGCUGAAGCAGGAAUAUUAUCUUGUCCAGCAGGGCAUCACAACCUGCCAUGAUGUCCACAACAUAUGCGAGUCUUCAUCUUCCUUCCAACUCUACUACUUCAUCUCCUUGGCAUUCUUUGGAUUCUUAGUUCCAUUUGUGGUCAUUAUCUACUGCUACACAGCCAUCAUUCGGACACUUAACUCAUAUGACCAUAGAUGGUUACGGUAUAUUAAGGCGAGUCUCCUUGUUCUUGUGAUUUUUACCAUUUGCUUUGCACCAAGCAACAUUAUACUUAUUAUUCACCACGCUAACUACUAUUAUACCACCACUGAUGGCUUGUACUUUAUCUAUCUCAUAGCUUUGUGUCUCAGUAGCCUGAAUAGUUGCCUAGAUCCAUUCUUUUAUUUUCUCAUGUCAAAAAUCACAGAUCACCCUACUUCUUACCUUACAAUAGUGAAGUCAUCAUAGAGAAUAAGGAAAGCUAUUUGUGAAAACACACACAUGUGCAGUCACACAAUGUGGGGAACUGUAGUCUCUAGCUCCACUUUGGAGCUCCUGAGAAAUAGUGCUUUCCAAAAGAAAGCAUUACAGAACCAAAUUAAAAAGUAUGCUAGCAGUAUUUUAAGAAUAUAAAUGCAAGAGAAAAGCUAUUACCAUUAUUUUUAUAGUUAACUGACACUUCCAUUUGCCUUACUGGUAUUCAGUAUUUCAAGCUUCUGUAUCUCUCCAUUUCCCCUUAUUUAUCUGGCUUCUAGAUGAUAAAUGACUUCGAAGGAGACUAAUGAGACAAAGACAAGGAGUCUGAAUGGCAAUAAAUAUUAAGAUGUCAGUUUUUAAUAUUUAGCAUCAUUUCGAAUGUUCUGCCUUUUUCAGCACUCAUUCUGAGGGCUGCCAUCUUCAUGAUGCCUGUCAUCAGUGCACAUCAACCCAGCCCCAUGUUUGUCUCUUAACUACUUCCUCACAGCCAGCUUAGCCUCCAUUUUCAUGGACAAAUUAAUCUUCCUAAAGUGUCAGUUUGAAUAUAUCACUCAAACCCCCCCAACUCAAAAACUCUCUUGGCUCCUCACUGCUUCUGGAAUAAACUACACAUCUGUAAGCUGGUAUUCAGCAUUAUUUUUCUACUUUUACUUCCCAAUAAUCUUUCCUAUAGUACAAUACUAGCCAAGCCUCUGGCUUUGCUGUGAUCUCAACUUCUCUUCUCUUUCUCCCUGCCACUAACUGGAAAGCUAUUUCUAAUAUGUUUGCCUUAAUUCUUUCCAUCUCUUGAGGUUCUCCAAGGACCAGUUCUCCCUGAUUCCAAUCUAGAUGUUUAUUUUUUUCUCAUUUGAACCUUCAAAGCUCUUCUUUUACUUUUAUUAUGGCACUUAAAUACACUUCAUUUAUAUACAGUUAUUAAUUUCAUAAACAUAUGCUAAGGACCAUGUAGAGAAAGGAUGACUCCUUCUCCUUCUUUAGCUCCUUGUACUAACCCCAUAUACCAAUUUUUCUCAGGGUCUGUAGGGUCCCGUUCAAAUUCUGUAUAUCAUGUGUCUGAAUGCAUGAAUCCCCAAAUAACUAAACAGCAUGAAAGUCCAUUACAUUCACACUGAGAAGGCAGGGUUCUCUGUACAUCAUGGGAUUUUAUUUUUUGGUUGGGCAUGUGAAAAAGAAACUAGAAAUAUAACUCAAGGUCAUUUUGAAGUUUAAAAUAAACUCCAUUUUUAUUCCUUAAACAUAGCUUUCAAUGGGGAAAAAGAUUUUGUUAAAUAUCCAGACUAUUCCUGUAGAUAAAUGACUUAUUUUCCUUUCAUUUAGGGGUUAGUUAAGAGGGGGAAUACUAGCGCUUAAGAGCAUGACGGACACAGGAUCUAAAUUUUCAAGUCUGUAGGAAUUGGCAUUGACCAUAGGCUUUGUAUUGAACAUCAAAACAAACCACUUCAGAUGUGUAUUUUUGAGUGUGCAAGGCUUUCUGUUUUCAAUGGACAUGGGUUUUUUAAAAACAUGCUUGGAAGAAUCUGGAGAACAGACUGAAGAUGAAAGAAGCCAGAUGGAGAGCCAGAAGACCUGAGGGAGCCUCAUGGAGCAGAGGAACAUGUGAGGAAGCUGCACUUGUUUCUUGUUGGUCCUGGACUGGGUGAAUCAGAUGUGGGUGAGAGACCUGUGGGGAGGUUGACCAUGGCAAAUUUACCUUGAUUUUGCUCUUUUCUCCCCAGAUUGUCUGGCCAUCUCAGACCCUUUUCUAUGGGUCCCCUCUAAAAGGUGCUUUAGACUUGUGGCAGGCUUUCAGGCCUUGC